GUGAGUCCUGGGAGAGCAGCACUCGCGGAGGACAGACAGGACCGCGCAACAGGUGCACACGCGCCCCACGCAUCACUCUCGCUCUCCUCUCCUCACCCAGGACACUUUUAAAGACUUUCUCGAAGUUGACGUCACGGUGAAUUUGGAUGAUUUCUUAAAGGAUUUUAUUCGCCUUCGUUCCCCCGCUGCACCUCCUCCGCGACUCCAUCCGUGGGGCCACAAUGCCAGUUCUGAUCAGCCCCGACACCGCCACCAAGUUUAAGGAGAAAUGGCUGGCCGUGUACCCGGAGUCCGACCGUGGCCCCUGCACCGACUGGGUCCACCUGGACGACAGCCUGACCAGCCUCCACUGGCUUCAGAACUUCUCCAUCAUCCACGCGGACCCCGAGAGGGGGGGCGCCGCCUACUCAGCGGCGGCCGGCUGCCCACCAUCCUUCCAGCAGCAGAGCGCGCACCACCUCAAACAACUCCAGUACCCGCAGAGCGGCACAGCGGACCCCCCGUCCAGCCCCCCGGCCGGGGACACCGCGGCCACGGGCAUGCCCCUUUACCUGGGCAGCCCCGUCACCUCCAUCAGCGACUGCGCGGCGGACCCGCGGCUCGUGACCUAUACGCAGACUCAGACGCGGAUGAACGGCUACGGCAUGGUCCAGGCGAGCGCGCCGGCCGAGGUCGACUACAAGAACAACCCGAAGGUCAAGCCGCCCUACUCGUACGCGUCGCUCAUCUGCAUGGCGAUGCAGGCCAGCCAGCAGCCCAAAGUGACUCUGUCCACCAUCUAUAACUGGAUCACGGAGAAUUUCUGCUACUACAAACACGCAGAGCCCAGCUGGCAGAACUCCAUCCGCCACAACCUGUCCCUCAACAAGUGCUUCCUCAAGGUGCCCAGGCAGAAGGACGAGCCGGGGAAGGGGGGCUUCUGGCAGAUCGAUCCCCAGUACGCCGACAUGUUUGUGGACGGUAUCUUCAAGCGCCGCAGGAUGUCCACCAACCAUUUCAACAACAACAACAACAACAACAACAACAACAACAACACCAACAACACCAACAGCAGCGGCAACGGUGGUCUUUACGCUCACCGGCCUGGCAAACUGGGCCGGGAAACCCCUUACCGCCGGAUCCAAAAUGGCUGCCUUUACCAGGGAGGGAGCGGCGGGAUGAAUGGCGACGGCGGCGGCGUCGGCGGCGGCAACAGGCGUAAACACCACCUGACGGGCAAGAGCCACGGCGGCAAGGGCGCGCAGACGCCCAAGUCCCCCCUGCUGGCGACGGAGGCGCAGCGCGGCGUGGGGGACUUCCUGCGCGGGGACUUUGACCUGGCGUCCGUGUUCGACGACGUCCUGGGGGGCAGCUGCAGCAACUUUGAGGACCUGGACAUCAACACGGCGCUCAGCUCCCUGGGCUGCGAGAUGGAGGCCUCCCUCCAGGCGGGGAGGCACCCCGCGGUCGGGGUCGGGGUCGGGCUGUCCGGCAGGUGGUGCGGCGAGGGCGAGCUCCAGGGUGGAGCCGCUACUACUACUACUACUACUACCGCCGAUCGAACCCCACCCGGCCACCACCAUCAGCACCAUCACCAUCACCACCACCCGUCGUCCUACGGCUACCUGGAGCUGAGCUGCGGCGCCAACGUGGAGGUGGGUCACGUCAGCAUGACCUCUGACCUCCACGUGCCACACCAUCACCAGCACCAGCUGCAGCAGCAGCAGCAGCUCCACCAGGACCAGAUGCUGCUGCAGCCCCACCUCCACCUGCAGCAGUUCGAGGAGGCCUCCACGCUGUUCCCGGAGCAGUCCGAGGAGGUGGUCAUCCUGCCCUGGGAGGAGAUCAAGGAGGAGGCCCAGGUCAUCCCCCUCUCCCUGGACCAGGGCUUCGGCCUGUGCGAGGGGUUCUUUGCGGAGAUGCAGCCGUGGGAACGAGUGGAGGCCUACCUGUGACCUUUGAACCCUUAACAGUGUGUGGGGUUCCUCCUGAUGAGAACAAGAUGAGAUGGCCGUGGCAGAACAAGAACCAAUGACUCAGAACUCUGACACAUGACGAGGAGAGGGCGGGGAACUGUUCUGGCUGCUGGACUGGACUUCACUGCUUUGUGAAGCUUUAGCCCUGGUGAACAGAACUCAUUUUUGAGGAUGUUGGGAGGCUCGUUUUGGGAGGACCGGGGGUUGUGUCUUAAGCUGUCUCUCCUCAACACGCACUGGGAACAUCAAAUGGGGUCUGAGAACCCAUGGACUUCUGCUUUUUUGCUAUAUUAGCAUCAAACGGCGGUUUCGCUAACAUGCAAUGAGCUCUUUCGUCAUUCAUCGCUACGAUCUGUACCGUUUGGCCGACUGGAACACGUCAUAUUUUAAAAGAGAGGUUUUAGAAAGAAGGAUACAAGAGUACUUUUAAUUUAAAGUUGAAUAUUAUGAAAGCAUUUCCAUUUACGAUACUGUCAAAUAGAUUAUUUAUUAUAUAUUCUCGCUGAAGUAUGUAUCAAACGAGCCAGUGGUUGUGCACCAUUGCGGUAGAAAUAUGUCCUGCAAGGCAAAGAUGAAGGAAAAAGUGAACAUGAUCUUCUUGUGGGACAUUAUCUAAAGAUAUUAUGCACUUUUAUAGAGGAGGCAAAGUUAAAAAUAAGACUUUCUCGGAAACCUUUACUUCUUUUCAUAAUCAUCUUCUGAUCUUGUUGUUUUUUGGAUAGGGAUCACUAAUCCCCCUGCAGUGAUGUGUGUUUGACGAUUUGUACAGAACUUUUUGUUUGCCACAAACUCGCUCUCACUGCAAAUCUUUUUGUUUUUCGAUUUGUCCAAAGGGUUUGUUUUUGCUUUCAUCUACUGGAGAUACAUCAAAAAAAAGGUAAUUUGCUUAAUUUGUAUUCCGCCAAACUGUUGAGAUGAGAAAUUAUGCAGUUGUUGGGUGUGUUCUAUUUUGUUAAGGAGAAAGAGAUAGAUAUUGAGUGAGGGUGAUUGCUCUGUGUUCUGUCGCUGGGUGAUGGAUUUCAUUGGUCUUCAAAAUUAUUUGUUUUGUGUACGUCUUUUUUUAAUUUGUAAAUCUUUUUCACAAAUGUGUAUUUUACAGUAUGUUUGAAUACGAUAAUGUAGAUUCUUUUUUUGGUGUUGUUCUAGUAAAAUUGAUUAAUGAAACGGCUAUGAAAUUAUACUUUUAAAAGCUGGAAACUCUUCGUUGUAUAAAUCAAUUUAACAUGAACCUUUGAUCUCAUCCUGUUAUUUAUAUUGUUGCUUUUUUUUACGAUCAUUCCAAUAAUGCAAUCAAUCAUUCCUCAAUGCAAUAAAAAACUCUUGUUUAACAAUAAAUUAAAUAAAAGUAAAUGUA